AUGGAAUCAUUUAGAAAGAAAAUUGAUCGAAAAUUUCAUGGUAUCCCACUAACAAACCGACCUGAAUUAGGUGUUUAUGGCUUACUUGAGUUAUCACAUCAACUAAAAGGAAGAAAGGCCCCAUUAAUCUACAAGGUCCUCACAACCAAAGAAGCUUCACCCACCAUAUUAUUAUGGCGAAUAAAAAUUCACCAAGCUACUCAAGAUAUCUUAACUGAAGAAUUAGCUCUGCUGCUGUCUGGACUACACCAGAUUAUUCCCUGGUACGAUGUUCUCUUAGGACUACGCAUCCCUACACAAACACAACAUGCCCGCGACUUUCAUGGAUAUUUAAUACAUCAUGAUUGCUUCACUAGAGCUGAAAAAUCCAUUCUAUCUGCCUGGUUUGAAUUGACAUACCCCCUUCACCCAUUAACUCAAACUAACAUAUUACCCGUUAAUGACGAUCAACUUGCUCACAUACUCAAAUCCCCUCAGAAGAAAAAAUCAAUUUCUUAA